AUGCACGCUUGGGCAGCGGACGUGGCCGAACGGCUGAUCGGCCGCUCCUGCGCCCUGGAGCAGAUCGUGACGGACCUCGUCCAUCCCGUCGAGGCUAGGAACACGCGCACGAUCAACCUUUGGGCGUGGGCGGCAAACCCGAGCACCAUCCCCAAGCGGGUGUGGCUGGGUUUCACAAACCGCGCCAAGAACCCCCAGUCAGAAGAACUUUUUGUUCAAGACAAGCCGCCAGAACACUGGCAACGGGGUGUUCGGCACCCUGUCCUCUUUCACCUGGAAGAAGUCCAUGACUACACGGUGGCUGGAGUGGUGCUGACAGAGGAGACCACUUGCCAGCCAACGCGGCGCAAGCUACCCCCAUGGUCCCUAGGAGUGAUGGAUGGUGAGCCAACGCCGGCGCGGGCCUUUGAGACUUUCCAGCAUCAUCUGUCGCCGCGCAAUCUGUCGGUCCAUGCACGCUUGGGCCAGGAUGGCAUACGAGGUGACCGGAUGGCAGGAGUGGUUGGGAUCGCGACCACUGUGACGACGGUCGCGACGACGACCAUGAAGAUGCAGCAACUUACAAAGGAAGACGAGGUCACAGUGGGCAACGAGGGGAUCGCCCGCAUCGGCACCAAACCUAUGAAGACGACCACCCAGACUUUGGUGGCUCGGGAUGGUGGAAGCGGGAUCACCAUGAUGAUGACGGCGACGACCGUCAAGGCGGCCGGGGCCGGGACCUGGCUCGAGGCUUCUUCAAUGGGAAAAGAAGCAAGCAGCUGCUGCCAGGAGCUCACCGUCCUGGAAAAAAGCCAGGAUCCUGUGCAAACAGGGAAUGAAGUCUGGUCCCCAAAGGCCAUAAUCCCGGCGAAGCGAGUCUUUGAGCGCAUUUUGCAGGACUUAGCCUUGGUGCAUGGAGAUUUGGAGCCAAUGACGACAGAACUCGACGGUGUGGCCGUGUCGAUGUUGCAGGACACCGGGGCGGGCGACAUUGGCCACAUGGAUCACACGGCGGUCGAUGAUGAUGAAGAAGCCGCCUCCAAUGCCGAGCUGCCGCCACUGGACACGGUGGUGGUCAACAUGACGACUGUCAUCGAUCAAGCGACAAGGGAUGUCGACACUUUGCCGCCCAAGCCGAACGAUUCCACGUUGCCCAAGUUGAUCAUGCAGGUCAAUGAGCUCUUCGUGCCACCACCAAAGCCAAUCAUAUCCACGUCGCUGGCUACAACAGGUGCUGUUGUUGGUCGACGCACCAAGCCACGGCUACUGCCAAGCUCCACCAACACUCGCCGUAGUGCCCGCCUCGCGAGGCAACCGGCACUGACGGCAAUGGAGCGCUGCCAGCGCGUCUUGCUAAGGCGCAUGGGCCUAAUGCAGAAGGAAGAUGAUGCUGCCGCCGUACAGGAAGUCCUGGCCCAAUACGUCGCUAUGUUUGAUGGCCCCUGCCGCCGGACGUUAUCGCAGCACUCACGGCGGUCUUCGGCAUCGACAACGACGACAGCAACAACCCCGCAAACGCCAUCGUUCGAGUCAUGGGUGAAGGGAUCGCAGAUGCGGUCGAGGAGGUGGAGGAGGCUCUUGCCUGAUACCCACCGAGGAAGAAAGUGGGAGAUCGACAACUCCAUGCACUACCUAAAAGAUGCUUUCCUCAGACACAUUAGAAGACUGAAGCCAAGCCCAGGAGAGGGCUGGCUACUCCUCGGCGACUUUAACAUGAUCUAUAGGGCAAGAGACAAGAACAACACGAAUCUGAACCUCGCCCAUAUGAAUCGCUUCAAAUCGACCCUGGACCACUGCGAGCUUAAAGAAAUCCACCUGCAGAACCAAAAAUUUACUUGGAGCAAUGAGUGGCUGAGGCCGACCUUGGUGAAGCUAGCUAGGUGCUUCUGCAACGAAACGUGGAAUUUAGCCUUCCCAAACCACGUUCUGUAUGCCCUGCCAACAGGCCCAUCAGACCACUGCCCGUUGAUUCUGUCAAACGCCGCUGUCCACGACAAACCACGAACCUUCAAGUUUGAGAAUUUCUGGACAAAAAUCCUAGGUUUCAAGGACGUUGUCGCCGACGCCUGGAACAAACAAACAGCACACACAGAGCCGAUACACCGGCUGAACCACAAGCUACAAACAACAGCUCGGUGCUUGAGAAAAUGGUCAAGAGGAAUAUGCUUAGAAGCGAAGUUACAGUUCUACAUGGCCCUAGAUGUCAUCCAGCGGCUUGACACCGCGCAGGAGCGAAGAGAGCUAACAGCCGCAGAACGUCGGUUGAGGGCGAGCCUCAAAAACCGUCUCCUUGGCCUGGCAACGAUCGAACGAGCAUGCAAGAGGCAAGCUUCCCGAAUAACAAACAUCAGAGAGGGAGAUGCCAACACAAAAUUUUUCCACCUAAAAGCUAACACGCGCAGGAGGAAGAACAAUAUUCAAAUCCUACGCAAGGAGAAUGCCUGGGCAACAUCUCACGAAGACAAAGAAGCAGUGAUUCACGACUACUUCGCUGCAAUAAUGGGCUGGCCGGAGCCGAGGACAUGUGACCUCAACUGGCAAGAAUUCCACACCCCACCAGUGGACUUGUCGCACCUCGAUGAGCCAUUCACAGAAGAAGAAAUCUUAAAGGCAAUCAAACAAAUGCUGACCGACAAGGCGCCGGGCCCAGACGGUUACACGAUGAACUUUUUCAGAGUUUGUUGGGCCAUCAUUAAGGAGGACGUCGUGGCGGUCUUCAACGUGAUCAAUAACCUUAGAUGUGCAAGUCUAAACAUGCUAAACUCGGCCAACAUUGUGCUAAUCCCCAAAAAAGGAGCAGAAGAGGUGGCGGAUUUUAGGCCGAUUAGCCUAAUCCACAGCAUAGCAAAAAUCCUCUCCAAACUCUUAGCAUUGAGACUACGACCACACAUGCACUCACUUGUAUCUAUCAGCCAAAGCGCCUUCAUCAAGGGUAGAAGCAUACACGACAACUUCAAGUACGUUAGAAACCUUGCAAGAAGGUAUCACAAAACCAGGCGGCCGAUGCUCCUGUUCAAACUUGACAUUACGAAAGCGUUCGACUCGGUCAGAUGGGACUACUUGCUUUCCUUGCUACAACAUCAAGGCUUCCCGCAGAAAUGGAGGGACUGGAUCUCAGCCAUCCUUUCUACUUCCACCUCACAAGUCCUCCUCAACGGGAUCUCAGGGGAGAGAAUACAGCACGGAAGAGGCCUAAGGCAAGGCGACCCGCUAUCGCCUCUGCUCUUCAUCAUGGCAAUUGACCCGCUUCAAUGGAUCCUCUCCAAAGCAACCCAACUAAACGCCAUCACCAAACUGCGAGACAGGGUGGCCUGUUUACGAAUCUCGAUGUACGCCGAUGACGCGGUGGUCUUCAUGAACCUAGUCAAGAACGACGUCCAGACCUUCACUAGCAUUCUCAAGAGCUUCGAAGAGGCUACGGGGUUGAUCACAAACAUGCACAAAUCCCAAGUUGCAGCAAUCAGGUGCCACAACAUAGACAUCGACCACCUCCUAGAGGGUGUCCCCGCCAUGCGGGCACAAUUUCCCCUGAAGUACCUUGGACUACCUCUAGUCUUAGGGAGGACGCGCAAGACAGACACUCAACAGAUACUGGACAAAAUCAUGGCAAGAAUCACAGGAUGGAGAGGCAAAAAUUUAGGACCGGUAGGAAGGUCAGUCCUAGUCAAAUCAGUGCUAACAGCACAGCCGAUCUAUCUUCUCGCAGCCUUAAAGAUCACCAAGGAGUCCCUAAACCAAAUUGAUGCUAAAAGACGAAGGUUCCUGUGGGCAGGGACGGGAGACAUCACAGGGGGUAAAUGUAAGGUUAACUGGGAAAGAACAUGCAUGCCAAUAAAACAAGGGGGCCUGGGCAUGCUGAACUUGGAGAAAUUCACGAGAGCCCUUAGGCUGAGAUGGCUCUGGCAUGAAUGGAGUGACCCCGCUAAACCGUGGGUGGGGAUGGACACACCGUGUGACGAAAUGGACAGAGCAUUAUUCGAGGCGGUGUCGAAAAUAACGAUAGGGGACGGUAAUACCAUCCGCUUUUGGAACUCCGCCUGGCUAAUGGGGCGUAGACCAAAGGACGUGAUGCCAUUGGUCUAUGCGGCAUCAAGUAAAAGGAAGAAAACUCUACGAGAAGGCAUUACAAAUAACGUCUGGAUCGCUGACCUCAAGCUAAAUAACAGUACCAGCCUCACGGUAGAGCUGAUUAACCAGCUGAUCGAUCUGUGGGGUGCGACCCAAGAGAUCCUACUCCAGCAAGGGGUUCUGGACCAGAUCACUUGGAAGCUUUCGGACCAUGGCGAAUACUCCACCUCGUCGGCCUAUAAAGUGCAAUGCUUGGGAUCUACAGAUUCCAAACUCAACAGCCUCAUUUGGAAAGCCUGGGCCCCUCCAAAGUGUAAAUUCUACGCUUGGUUGGUGACUCAAAUAGAGUGUGGACCUCAGAUAGGCUUGCGGCUAGAGGUUAGCCAAACAACGGAGUAUGCCCCCUUUGUCGCACGACGGACGAGUCAACAAAACACCUCCUUGCCCAUUGCAGAUACACCAAAAGAAUCUAGACGAUGACAGCUACGUGGGUGGCAUACCAACAACUGGACCCAAGACGUUGGAACCCCACCGAGAGUAUUCAGGAAUGGUGGGAGAUGUUAUCCAAUGCUAGGGGAGUACCAAAGAAAGGAUUACAAACCCUUAUCCUUCUAUUCGCCUGGGAAAUCUGGAAAGAGAGUAACCGGCGUGUCUUCUAUAGGAAGGAGACCUCGGCUACUAGCCUCAUGGCAAAAAUUAAAGACGAGGCCAGAAUUUGGUCCAUGGCGGGCGCCAAGAGGCUUGGAGACUUAAUUGCUCCUAACAUGUAGAGCCCAACGUGCAUGUUUAUCUGUCUCCCCUCCCCUUUCUCUUUUGUUCUCUUCCACCCCUAGGGGCUUGUACUCUUCUCCACCUUUAUUAAUGAAAUAGCAGAAUCUCGUGCUGAUUUCUUUCAAAAAAAAAAACAAGAAGGGAAAGCACAAGAAGAGAAGAGGAGGGGAAAAAUCAAAGUUAGAAGCUGAGCUAAAAUCUCACAAACGAGGGAGCAUAAACUGCUGGGUUACCACCUCAGGGUUACUGAUCAUCCGUUGAUGGGUAUUGUCUUUUACCAUCUACUUGGGUGGAAGUUAAUUUAUCCACAUAACUUUCUGGAACCUGUUUCAGAAGAAUUGCUUUUGUUCUACUAGGACGGCACAUCUCUAGCAGCAACAGUCUGACCUGAUAACUAGUCCUGAAAGUGAGCAGCCAAGCAGAGGAAAAUGGGUAUUGCGCAUCUUGCAGGGGUGGAUGCGGUUAAGCUUGUCAGGAUGAUUGUGCAGGCAGCCCAGAAGGUUCACCACAACAAGAAGACCUGCCAGCAGCUUGCCCAUCGUGUGCAAAUAAUCGGCGACAUUCUGAAAAAGCUUCAGAAUUCAGAGAUGAUGCAACAACCAGAGAUCAGGAAUGGACUGAAUGAGCUUGAAGAGAUCUUUGCGGGACCAUCCCCAAACCGGGGUGGCCAAAUUCAUUAAGGCAGAAGAAUUUACAAGUUGUUUACAAAGGAAUCGACAAAAGGUUGCCGAUAACACCUAGUUCGUCACAGGCGACAAACCGAGCGGCCGAAAAAACAAAGCUGACUACUCACUAAUAAAUUUAAGUAACCCCGCCAUCUUCGAGACCUCUAUCUCUUCCCUGAUACCAUGCACCGUAUCACCAACCGAGGUGAGCUUCUGGUUGAACACUCUAUUGUUUCUUUCCUACCACACCAUCUAGAAGGUUAGUUGGACAAGAGCAUCAAAAUUUUUUCUGUACACCGUCCGGCAACAAGAUCUUGCUUCCAGCCACCAAUCUCCCAGCGCAAGGCCCCUCUCUCCUGGUAAUGUAAAGUCUAGUUCCACCCAACUUCUUAACCUUGUCCAGACCUCAUUAGUGAAGCGACAAUCAACGAAUAAAUGUGCACAACUCUCUUGCGCUGCCGAGCAUAGCCUGCACCCCGCUUGAUGUGGCCAUCCUCUUUGCGCUAGAUUGUCGGCCGUGAGACACCUCCCUCUUUCCGCCAGCCACAUGAAGAACUUGAUCUUGGUCGGUACAUGCGAUUUCCAGUUGAUCUUUCCACACACGACAAGCGUAUUGGCGGCGAAGAAAAACUUGUAGGCUUCUGCCACGGAAAAACAUCCAUUGGUUGCCGUUUUCCACAUUACUGCAUCUUCCUGUUCCGGGUUAAGCAUCAUUUGCUGGACCUCGUCCCAGACCGCGAAGUACUCGGCAAUGGCUACGUUUGAUGGGGCCCCCUUUAUGUCACGCACCCAUCUGUUGUUAUGCACACCAUCUGCUACAGUCAAGUUGCUCUUCUCUACAUGACUGAACAAACAUUUCCUGGAAUUCAUGAUGCUUCCGCCCGGAAGCCAGUGUGCCUUCCAAAAAUUAACAGUUGUUCCAUUGCCAACAAUGAAUUUUGUUGCUAAGUAGGACAUAUUUUCCAUCUGUUUGGGCUGUCUGAUCGGGAAUUUCGCCCAUGGUCUAUCCUUUUGAUCAUGCUGCAGCGCCAACCAUUUCA